CAGAUCUCCAAACCGUCCUCCCGACAUCCUACUCUGCAAAUAGUCUCAGUCUUGAUGUCACCGAUAUCUCACCAUCGAUCCCUGUCCCAUAGUAACCGAGAAAGUGAAAGGUUAGGAGGAGGAGAAGAAGAAGAAGAAGAAGAAGAAGAAGAACCGAGAGGGGCAGAGGAGAAGGUGGAGAUUGAGAGGUGGGGCGGAGGAAGAUCCUCCUGCCCUGAUCCAGUGUCCAGGCACCAACCUGUAGGUGCAAGAUGCCGCCUUGGAGCUGUUGAAGACUCGCCCUUGCUGCUGGUUUUAUGGCGCUCACAGGUAAGUGCCAGUCUCCGUGCAGGUCGACCACUGAAUGAGAUAGAGAAGUUCACAAUUAAGGACUGGAUAUCAAAACGUUCCAUUUACGGGAUCCAGUUUGUGUUUAUGAAAGAGAAAACAUCUGUCAUCAGGCUCGAUACCAACUGCACAACAGCAAUUUUGGAAUUGAGGACGAUUGUGGGAUUAAUGAAGCCCUUGAAUGUCACCUGUGGCACUGUUGGUUCGGGGCUUGCCCAAUCCCUUUGGUAUACGAUUGACUCACGCUGGAGUCAUUUGUACCCAAGCGACUCUCGGGUCGAGGCCUUCCUAAUGGAUCUGGAGAAUCCCGGGCAACCGGCUCCAACCGCAUUGAGCAGUGAUGUGGAGUUUGAGCGAGUGCAGGAGUUCAGGACAGGUGUUGUUGGGUCAUUUGAACUGUACUUGGAAGGAAGCGAUGAUGAGAGCAAAACACAAAUCCUGCGGGCAGAUGUUGGCAAAUUUACAAUGCGCAUGGCAAUUGCGAGGAUGACAGGGCUGGAUGAGUUGUUAGUUGACAAGGAAUCGAUCUACGAGGGGGACAUGAUUUUGCACCGAUGGAAUGUUACAUUCCCUUUUCUGUAUUUUGAUAUGCCUCUGCUUGUCCCAGAGAUCAUUGCGAUUGCGGGUGAGAAUGUAUCAUUUGACCCAACCAUCCGCAUGGCCAAUCGUUCUGAACCACUGGGAGGCACUUUCACAAUUGCAUAUGGAACCAGUAGUCCUAUCACACUUCCAUUUAAUGCAACAGCUCCCCAGAUGAAGGCUGCUUUGGAAUCAUUUCUUGGCGUUGGGAAACUGAAGGUGGAGCGGACAACUGUGGGCCGACCACAGUACCAAGUUGCCUGGGCUGUAAAAUUUGUGGAUGACACCUUGCCGGAAAGUCCCCUGCUUUUUGCUGUUGAUGGUGCCCUGUUGAAUGGAACUGAUGCGAAUGUGGUGGUAAACCAGACAGUGAAAGGUUCUUAUGACCGCUUUAUUGCACCGAUUACAGCUGAAUACCUCCGAGUACCAGUCACGUUCCCAAUGCGUGUUGAUGUCGUCGUCAACAACAUUUCGGCUGUGUGCAGGUCAGGAUUUUCAUAUUGUUUCUGAUUCUUGAUUUUUUGUGACGGUUGUUUGGUCUGAAUGGACCGUUUCCUCCAUCCCCUCUGAUUGACAGACCUGACCCCAUAUACCCUCCUUAUGAAGGCAAAUCGUCAAAGAACUUAAAAAAAGCAAACAAAAAAAACACACUGCAAGUCCUCUGCUUGCAUGACUAGGUACAUUCAGGUGUAACUUGCACCAAAUGCUAUCCAGCCGGCCAUUCGGCUGUGCAUCUAGCAGGCCACAAGUUUUGGGUAUCUGGGGCUGAACAGGUGUCCUCCAAGGGCAAGGUGCACUUGCCUGGAGUCUCCAUUUCUGGCUGUUGAUUGCCGAAAUGAAACGUAAAUGGACGG